AUGAUCAGGAGAUUGUUCAAUAGAAGUUCGAAGGUCGACCCGAUGCGGGAAACGCGCUUGCGACAUAUUCCCCAAAAGAAUCAUUUAGUGAGACAAAUCGGCGACCUAGCUGCGCCGUCUUUCGUCCUCCAGCUGCUUUCUCUGUACGACAUGAUGUAUGCCGAAAAAGCUAAAGCAAAUAACCAAUGCUUGAAGGAACGAUCAUGGGUGUCCGCAGAGCAGAGAGCAGAUCCAGGGGAACAGUAUCUCUGCCUAGUUAUUUACUCUCUAGUUCUGUUGACUUGCAAUCACAUACUUCAACUCCCUGGUGUCAAAGAUAACAGAUCGAUGAUGAGACGACCAGGACAACGAGGAGAGAUGGAACAAGCUAUUGCCUAG